CUGGUCGACCUGAUAAAUUUUAAAAGUUUGUCAUGUUUUGGAAAAUAAUAUUUAAUUAAAUAUUAAUAUUUUCUAACAUAUUUCUACUUCUUUGCAUGGUAAACUAAGGGAAGACAAAAAAGAUUUGUUGUUAUUUAUAAGUCCGGCCCAUUCGACAUCUAAUUAGGCUGUAUGUGGCCCCUGAACCAGAAUGCCCUGCUUUACAGUAUAUUAUCAAGCAAAGGAAGUAGUGGAGGAAACAUGACAUAAAUGGGGUCAAAUCAUUCGAAUACUUUUACCAUUGUGAUUUGACACGUUGAAAAAAUUGGGGAAAAAAAAAGAACUUCCAAGUAUAAUUAAGCCUCAGGGACAAUGAUUUGUCUGAGCGCGAGUACAAAGACUCAUUUAUUUGACAUGCAGCCAACAGGAGGAAGCUGAGCUCGUCCCGUCCUGGUAGGCGGAUGCUGCGUGUUUGUUGGGGACGUGCAGAAAUAUAUACACGACAACAUGAAUGCCGUUCCUUUGAGACGCUCUGUUUCCUCCUUUUAACCAAAGCGCUAAUACCCACCGGCACAUUAUAUGGGCUGUGUGCGUACCCCCCGCUCGCUCGUACACACAUGACUCAACUGGGGUCUUUUCAUGCGACAAAAGCGGCACACAUCCGUUUGUGCGUGCGGACGUGUGUGAGAACAGGACAGGAGUGGAAGACGGCUCUUUAGCUGCUGCACCUGUCCCACUUUAUUAAGCUCUAAUAAGUAGAUAACGGGCUGGAAAGAAGGUUCGGGACGCCACCUUCAGCUAACUUGACAGAAAUUAAUUGGGUCCCAUUAGUCAACGUUGAGGUCGACGAAUAUUGAGUGAUUAAAGGGUCGUGUUGGUGUCGCUGCUGUGUCAUUUAUUUGUUCGAAUGAGAACUUUUGUAGUCCCCUCAUCCCAUUUACUUCUUCCAGCUGUAGUUCCCUCAUAGAUCAGUGGGAUUCCUGUUUGACCAAUCAUGUGCCCAGUGUCUGAUGGCACGUUACUGCCACCCUGUCCCAGCCGUGCUCCCAGGUGGCUGCCGUGUUGGUGAGUAGCAGCGUUUGGUGUAAGUGGAGAGAGUCUUCCUCAGCGAUCCAUGGUAUGGUGACUAAUUCAACCAUAAUCCGCCUUUUCCCUCUCCUCUCUCCUCUCUCCCUCUCUCCUGUGGUUCCAUUCAUAUUCUAAUCACAGCUUUCCCCUCUCCAGCUCUCAGGCACUCCAUCAGAGCCCUCCCAGCCUCGGGCUUUGCACUUUUACUUCCCCCCCUUUUGUGUCCGUUCCCUCUUCUCUUAGGCACACCAAAAAAAAAUAGGGUUUCCACAGCAAAAGAGUGGAGCAGAAAAGUGACUAAAGCAGAAAACCUCACUCGUCCGCACUUUUACCGAUUUUUGUUGCAUGUCCUGGGCACGAGAAACGUCGACAGAAGUUGUUAAAAAUACAAUUUAAAAAUCCCUAACUGAGCAAAAUCGGAGAAACUGUACCAACAAGUGUCAACAAGUGACAUAUCAGAUGUUGAGGUUAAGGGAUGCUGCGUCGGCGGAGCUGCAGGGUUUAUAAAACUUAAAUUAAAUACCAUCAUGGACGAUGGGGAGGCCACAGUGUUAGGACUGUGUAGAUCUAAGCCUCCUUUUUCAAUGGGAGGGAGCUUUUCUUAUUCAAAACAGCCCCACAAAAGACUUCCAGUGAGCCUUGCCACAUCCCCAUCUGACUUGGGGCCAUUCAUCAGCCUUCCAAGCCUAUCAAUGACAUGUCCCCAUCAGGGCUCCUAUAAAAUCAGCCCUUUUCCCAUGAAACAUCAACAAACAUUUUGACGGGUCUGGCUUUCCCCCCGCUGGAUUUCUGGAGUCUCUACUAGCCCCUUUUACACUCACCUCCCUCACUCCCACCUCCCCCUUUCUCCCUCCGCCAACACCACCCAUCUCCGGGCGAACCUUAGAUCUUCAAAAUCUCCUGUGACGGGCAGUGGUCACGGAAACACUGGCGAAACAAGUGGAGAGCCGCCGUGGAGGGGGAAACGUGCACUGAGCCAUUUUUGUAGUGGAACCAGUUGUUGUUGAUGGGAAGAGGAUGCAUUGCGGGCUGCUGGAGGAGCCUGAUAUGGAUUCCACAGAGAGUUGGAUUGAAAGAUGCCUCAACGAGAGUGAGAGCAAACGUUACUCCAGUCACACGUCUCUGGGCAACAUUUCCAACGAUGAGUACGAUGAGAAAGAAAAUAACAGGGCUUCAAAACCUCAUUCAACACCAGCUACUCUGGAAUGGUUAGAGGCGAACUAUGAGAUAGCUGAAGGUGUGUGUAUCCCCCGAAGCGCCCUGUACAUGCAUUACUUGGACUUCAGUGAGAAGCACGACACACAGCCGGUGAAUGCAGCCAGUUUUGGAAAGAUCAUAAGGCAACAGUUCCCAGCGUUAACCACCAGGAGACUGGGGACACGAGGGCAAUCCAAAUACCACUACUACGGGAUUGCCGUGAAGGAGACGUCUCAGUAUUAUGACGUGAUGUACUCCAAGAAGGGGGCGGCAUGGGUGAACGAGACGGGAAAGAAAGAGGUCACCAAGCAGACAGUGGCGUAUUCACCGCGCUCCAAACUGGGAACACUCCUGCCAGAGUUUCCAAAUGUCAAAGACCUAAAUUUGCCUGCCAGCCUGCCAGAAGAGAGGGUGUCAACCUUCAUCAUGAUGUACAGAACACACUGUCAGAGGAUACUGGACACUGUUAUUCGAGCCAACUUUGACGAGGUCCAAAGCUUCUUGCUGCACUUUUGGCAGGGCAUGCCACCCCACAUGCUCCCUGUCCUCGGCUCCCCCACCGUCGUGAACAUCGUUGGAGUUUGUGACUCCAUACUCUACAAGGCCAUCUCUGGUGUGCUGAUGCCCACUGUCCUGCAAGCGCUGCCCGAUAGUUUGACUCAGGUUAUUCGAAAGUUUGCCAAACAGCUCGAUGAGUGGCUUAAAAUAGCUCUUCAUGACCUUCCUGAGAACCUGAGAAAUAUUAAAUUUGAAUUGUCCAGGAGAUUUUCUCAGGUUCUGAAGCGACAAACAUCCUUAAACCAUCUUUGUCAGGCGUCCAGGACUGUAAUAAACAGCGCCGACAUCACCUUUCAGAUGCUGGAGGACUGGAGGAAUGUGGACUUGAACAGCAUCACCAAGCAGACACUUUACACCAUGGAGGACUCACAAGAGGAACACAGGCAGCUUAUUAUCCAUUUGUAUCAGGAGUUCGACCGUCUCCUGGAGGAGCAGUCACCCAUUGAAGCGUACAUCGAGUGGCUGGACUCCAUGGUGGACCGCUGCGUCGUCAAGGUGGCAGGGAAUAGGCCCGGCUGCCUGAAGAAGGUGGCCCAACAGUUCCUGCUCAUGUGGUCCUGUUUCGGUACCAGAGUCAUCCGGGACAUGACCCUCCACAGCGCACCCAGUUUUGGCUCCUUUCACCUGAUUCAUCUCAUGUUUGACGAUUAUGUGCUUUAUCUGCUGGAGUCCCUGCACUGUCAGGAGAGAGCUAAUGACCUCAUGAGGGCCAUGAGGGGAGAGGGCAGCACAGCAGAGAGGGAGGAGGAGUUCAAACUGACAGAAACGGCCCCUGCCUCUCCAUCACCUGAAUCCUACUCUCCCGCUCGGUCCGUCCACUCGGUGGGCGUCUCCUCAGCCACGUCUCCCACGGCGGCGGUGUCCCCGGACUACACUGCAGUGACCGCUACCACAGCAGGCGCUGUUCAGUCAUAUACCUGGUCCCUUACAUACACAGUGACAACGGCAGGGGGCGCCACUCCAGAAGCUGGCCAGCAGUUGUCCUGUAUGAGGAACAGUGCCUCUGUGCCUCCCCAAUCCUCCGCACACAGGAUGCCGGUCUACGCCCAAAGAGAGGAGCAUGGGUACACUGGUAGCUACAACUGUGGCAGCUACACCAACCAGCAUCCUCACUCCAUCCAGGGCCAGUACCCCAGUCUGGCCCACGAGUCACCAAUCCCUGCCCCCCUCCACUACUCUGCCUACCACCGCUCGUCUGCGCAGUACCAACUUAACGGCCAGAUGACUCGGAUGGAGCCAUGUUUAAUGAGCGGCACUCCCCGGUUGCACUCUACGCCCGUCGCCCCCAGGUGGCCAGACGUGUCACCAGUUAACAGCUGUUACACCAGCCCACCUAUGCAUUCAUCCCGCUACGCCGCCUCUGGGGACAUGUACCCCCCACUGGGGCCGCGCAGGAACUCAGAAUAUGAACACUCACAGCAUUUCCCUGGUUUCGCCUACAUCAACGGAGAGACCCCUGCAGGCUGGGCCAAAUAGUGGUCGAGCACCGAUGUUCUGACUGCCAGUUAAGACAUGUUGGACCUCAAGGCCUGCCAAACUCUCACGAGGGCUAAGUCUUCAAACUCCUCCUGUCACGUUGUGAAAUUUGAGCAGUGAGUGGAGACGGCAAACGCAAGGUGAAAGGAAACAUGGAAUCACGUACAGACAGCUUGAAAGACUGGUCGUGUCAACCACCGCUGAUGGUUGCUUUAUAAUAUAUAUGAACGUUUUCCUCAACCGUGCUUAGAAGAAAAAGUAUUAACUGAUUCAGAUUGUCAAAAAAUGUGCAGCAAAAUCAUUAAAAAAGUGCAAUGCUGCUGCCAAACUGUGCCUUUUUUCAUAGGAAUGGAAUGUACACCUCCGCUACUAUUUCCCUCAUCAGUCUCAUCAGUCUCUGCACAUGUCUGUCAGCGACUGAUGAUCCGUGCGUUGUGGGCGGUCCCUGGCACCUGUACAAUCUCAGCGACGCCGCUGCCUCUUGUUUCUCAGCACCGGGCAGCAACUUGUCCUGACGUCACUUCAGCAGGUGAAAACCCCUGCUGCUGCAGGACCAAGAUGAACUGCACUGCCUGAAUGAUCUCCUAGGAAGCCUUUUAUAUGCAGUGACCAAAACUUCUUAGGCAAAGGAUAUAAAAUAAUGAAGAAAAUAUUAAAGACCUUAAUCAGUUUCUUUAUGUUGGAUAGUGUUUGAAUGCUGUGAUGAGUGUAUUGAUUGUAUUUCUGUUGAAAGAAUUGACCGUAUAUAUGUGUGUA